UUACAGAUUCUACUCAUGAAGAAAAUCGUUAAGGAAAAUGACUCUUCAGUGUCUGAGUUCAUUCUGAUGGGACUAACAGACCAACCUGAGCUCCAGCUGCCCCUGUUUGUGUUGUUUCUGGUGAACUAUGCAGCCAUAGUGGUGGGAAACAUGAGCUUAAUGAGCCUCAUAUUUCUGAACUCUCACCUUCACACUCCCAUGUACUUUUUCCUCUUCAAUCUGUCCUUCAUUGACUUCUGUUAUUCCUGUGUCUUUACCCCCAAAAUGAUGAUGAAUUUUGUUUUGGAGCAGAACACCGUCUCCUUCACAGGCUGCAUGACUCAGCUGUUUUUCUUCUGCUUUUUUGUCAACUCUGAAAGUAAUGUGCUGACAGUCAUGGCCUAUGAUCGAUAUGUGGCCAUUUGUAAGCCUCUGAUGUAUAACGCUGUCAUGUUACCUAGGAUCUGCUGUCUGAUGAUAUCUGGUUCAUACCUGACAGGGUUUUUGAAUGCCAUGAUCCUCACAGUCUUUAUGUUGAGGCUCAACUUUUGUGAUUCCAACAUCAUCAACCACUACAUGUGUGAUAUCUUCCCUGUCCUUCGACUCUCCUGUAGUAGCACCUAUGUCAAUGAACUCCUGAGUACUGCUGUGGUGGGUACAGUUAUCAUUUCAUGUAGCCUCGUUAUCUUACUCUCAUAUGCUAUGAUCCUUCUAAAUAUCAUUCAGAUGUCAUCAACUAAGGGUUUGUCCAAAGCCAUGAGCACUUGUGGGUCUCACAUAAUAACUGUCAGUCUGUUCUUUGGAUCUGGGCUUCUUGCUUAUGUCAAGCCAUCAUCUGCUGAAACUAUGGGCCAGGGGAAAUUUUUCUCAGUGUUUUACACUUCGUUGGUGCCCAUGUUGAAUCCUCUCAUCUAUAGCCUCAGGAAUAAGGAUGUUCAACUUGCUGUGAAGAAAACCAUGAAGAGAAUCACAAAUUCAUUAAACCAAUUACACUACCCAUAA